CUCCUUUCCGACACAAAUCGUAGAGUUACACGAAGAGAGAUAGUCGACGGACAAAACAAGGAAAACCGUUUUCCGAAAAAAAUCCAAGUUUGUCGUUGUUAUUGCGGGCAAUAACACGACUUUAACAUAACUGUAGAUCAGUUCAAAAAAAAMUUCAACUUCAUUUCAAGUCAUUUGAAGGCUCAACUAUACUAAACCAAGAUGAUUACUAUGACCGAAGCUUUGGACAGCCUUGCUCAAGUUGCCACUGAUCAACUUUUUGCCUUCGAUACGUCGAACUUCUUUACCCCACAACUAGCUAGACAAGUACCGCUGGGUAGUGAGGAUUUUGUCACAGGCAUUGAUGAGCCAACGAAUAUCUUUGGUGAGCCGAUAGAUUUCCACGACACUACCGUUACAGGAGACCUUGAUUUUGGAGCCGUUCCUGAGAUAAAACAAGAAGGUGGCCAACAAAAAGGAUGUCAGCAAAGACUCGCUCACUACAAGGGACCAAGUCUACACGACUUUACCACAACACCAACAGUAUCUACACCACCACCAACUAGUCAAGCUUCCCCUUACAGUUCACCUGCUCACAACUGGUGGAUUCCCGAUCGUACGUUUCUGACUCCUCUUAUCAGCCAGUCAGCAAGUACGUGGAAUCAAUCAAUUGUCCAGGACCCAAAGAUACCUGUCACUCAAGCACAGAUUCCAGAACAACAGCCACUUUCAGACAACCAUGAAGAAAGCAUUUUAGCAAAGACUCAGGCCAACAUGAUGCAAAGACCAACUCAGCCUCAGAACUCAAAUACUAGCCCCAUGUUUAUGGAGUCAUCAGUUACUGCGACUCUUAACAUGAAAUGGCCUAUCGUUGGAAGUACUUUCCCUAACUUUGUACCAAAUGACCAGACAUCAGUUCUUGAUAAAAUGUUACUUCAAAACAAUGGAAACCUUGAUUUUAUAACUGCUCCACCAACUAAGCCAGCUCAGAGAGGAAGACCCGCCAAAGCAGGAGCUUCUCUGUUGAAAGCAAAGCGUAGCAAUCCUACUGAUGGACGCUCAAGAACACCACCGAGUGAACGACCCUACGCUUGCCCAGUAGAAACCUGCCCAAGGCGUUUCUCUCGAUCUGAUGAGCUGACAAGGCAUAUGCGUACGCAUACAGGACAAAAACCAUUCCAAUGUCGUAUCUGUAUGAGGAACUUCUCACGAUCAGACCAUCUAACAACUCAUAUCCGUACACAUACUGGAGAAAAACCAUUUGCCUGUGAAACAUGUGGACGACGCUUUGCUCGCUCUGAUGAGCGCCGUCGUCACAUGAAAAUUCAUUUACGAGAACAAGCAAAGAAAGAGGAGGAAGCAAGAAAAGCUCUGGCAGCCCAACAACAAAAUGACUGUAUUACACCUCUUCAGGGCAGGUCCCCUCAAGCUACGCCACCACCUAUGCAUAUACCAGUUACAUCUGUAACAUCAUUCUAAGAACAUUGCUGCUGGAACAGUAUAAAGUGCAGGCACUUAUAGGAUUUUAAAAUAUUAGGAACACUUUACAGUGCUGGCACUGAAAGACUUUAUAUCAAGUUCAAGAUCUUUAUGAGAAAAAAAAUGUAUGAUACAAACAUUGUGGACAAGUUGUCCAUCAAUCUAUUUAAUAAGUAUAUUAAACAAAUAGGCUGGCCCUAUUAAAUGUAUAUAGUUUUCACAUACAGUACCAGGUUUGCAGGUCUACCUGUACUACUGAUGACCUAUUUUGGUAUGCUAGACAGACAUUCAAGUAAAAUACAGAACCUUUCUGUAAAGUAUUUACAUUGUUACGCUAUUUUGUGUAAAAUAAUUAUCAUGCAAGUACAAUUUGUUGCUCUUGAUAUAGGAAGGGAAACACAGCCUACAAAGUGAUGUGCUAUCUAGUUUGUUGCUUGAAUUGACAGAAAUAUAUUGCUAUUAUAUAAUACAUAUAACUCUAUAAUAAUGGACUGUAGGCAUAUUUCUCUUCCUCUACCAAAGAAAACAAGAAUGAAACCUUUGAGUGUCAUGCUGGCCAUGACUAUUGUGCAUCAGUGCUGGUAACUGAUAUUAUUAAAAAUGUUUUGAAAAUAA